UUUUGAGAAGACUAAGGGGGAAGGAUCACGUUUGCAGAUUUAUCGGCUGCGGAAGGAAUGAAAAAUUUAAUUAUGUGGUUAUGCAGCUUCAGGGCCGAAAUCUUGCAGAUCUCAGAAGGAGUCAGCCUCGAGGGACUUUCACGCUGAGUACAACACUGCGAUUAGGCAAACAGAUUCUGGAAUCAAUAGAAGCCAUUCACUCUGUGGGAUUCCUGCAUCGUGACAUCAAGCCUAUUUCUUUUUUCCUUUCUUUCUUUCCAUUCGCCAUGGGCCGCUUACCUUCAACGUACAGGAAGUGCUACAUGCUAGACUUUGGUCUGGCCCGUCAGUAUACCAACACUACUGGUGAAGUCCGGCCACCUCGCAAUGUUGCUGGUUUUCGAGGAACAGUCCGCUACGCUUCAGUGAAUGCACAUAAAAACCGAGAGAUGGGUAGACAUGAUGAUCUGUGGUCCCUCUUUUACAUGUUGGUGGAGUUUGCAGUUGGUCAGCUUCCAUGGCGAAAGAUCAAAGAUAAGGAGCAGGUUGGCAUGAUAAAAGAAAAGUAUGAACACCGAAUGCUGCUAAAACACAUGCCUUCAGAAUUCCACCUUUUUCUGGAUCAUAUUGCAAGUCUAGACUACUUCACCAAGCCAGACUAUCAGCUAAUCAUGUCAGUUUUCGAGAACAGCAUGAAGGAAAGAGGCAUCACUGAAAAUGAAGCUUUUGACUGGGAGAAGGCUGGUACAGAUAUCUUGUUGUCCACUAGCACCUCCACUCCACCACAGCAAAACACCAGGCAAACAGCAGCCAUGUUUGGGGUGGUUAAUGUCACUCCGGUACCUGGGGACUUGCUUCGUGAGAACACUGAGGAUGUCCUACAGGGUGAACACCUGAGUGAUCAAGAGAAUGCUCCUCCCAUCCUGUCAGGCCGGCCAGCAGAAGGUCUUGGUCAGACUCCAAACACGGCUUUCAAUGAGGGUGAAGUUUGGGAAGAGACAGAUGUGAAUCGCAACAAACUCAGGAUCAGCAUCAGCAAAACUCAGUGCAUGGUGGAAGAGGAGCAGAGAAAUGGUGUCUGCCCCAGUUCCCCUGUCCGAGUGCCUCCGGAGUCCCCCACCGCACAAGUGCGCUCCCUCCGAUAUCGCCGUGUGAACAGCCCCGAGUCAGAACGCCUCUCCACUGCUGAUGGCAAAGCAGAUCUGCAUGAAAGAAGAUCUCGAAUGGAUUUACCUGGCUCUCCAUCGCGGCUUGUAUGCUCCUCCCAGCCAGCCCAGAUGCUGUCGAUUGAUACUGGCCAGGCUGACCGGCAGGCGAGUGGUAGGAUGGAUGUGUCUGCUUCCGUGGAACACGAAGCCCUCAGCAACGCUUUCCGCUCAGUGCCACUUGCAGAGGAGGAGGACUUUGAUAGCAAGGAGUGGGUUAUCAUCGAUAAGGAGACAGAGCUGAAAGACUUUCACCCAGGUGCUGAGCCAAGCACCUCUGGAACCACGGAUGAGGAGCCUGAGGAACUAAGACCUAUUGAAGACGGUGAGGAGAGAAGGCGCUUGGGGGCAGAUGCUGCAGUCAGGCCGAAGACCCAUGAUGGGCGAAGUCGGGGUAUGCAGCCUGUGACUGAGGAGGACAGUUCCCACAGACAUGAAGGACCUUCUCAAACAGUGUCUGACAGUAAACACGAACAGCAAACAGGAAGUCCAGCCCACUCCCCCCUACAUUCAGCACCAGCUAUCCGACAAAGGAGACGAGAAUCUGAACCUACUGGUCCUCAAAGACAGGUAAGAUCCCUGGGUCUGUAUCUUGUUGCCUAG